CGUAGGAAUGUACAUGGGUGCUGGUACUAUGUUCCGUUCAAAAACAAGCGUAUAGUUUAGUUUCGUUAUAGGAUCGGACCACGAAUAGAACCCACCUAUCAUGACAUCCAAAGACUCCGACGACGGGAAUUUCAUGCGGAAUUUCGCCCGUAGGUUCAGCGCUGCCGUUCCCAGUUCUGAAGACCAAGGUCACGCGGAGGCGGAAAUGCGCGAAGACCCGUCCCUGACCCCCACCAGACUCCAGAUGCGGCGUGUGAGUGAGCCUGUCCUGCUAGGAGGCCGGCGGGGUGACGGGGCUCGGGUAGGGCAGGAUCAGGGGCGCGCAGACGUUGGAGACUCACACCGCCGGGAGACGGGAGAGUCGCUGAAGCGUGGCUCGGCCUACAUCUACGAGAACAGGCCCGGCGCGUUUGCCAGACAGACCAGCCGUGACUCCGUGUUAAAGGUGGAGAUUGACCCUUUUGACCUGGUUGAUGGAUCGAGCACCAUCCACGAGGCCGCCACCAGGAACGACGUGCCUUCUCUCGUUAAACUUCUUGAGGGUGGACACGACAUCAACGAUAAGGACUGGGCCGGCCGGAGUGCGGUGUUCCUGGCGGUGAGGAGCCACAGCUACGGCGCGCUGGAGCUGCUACUGCGGCACGGCGCUGACACGGCCGGCGUGGUCGCACACUCGGACGACGCGGCCCUGCACUACGCCGUGAAGGGGGGAGAUGUCAGAAUCGUCAACGUGAGUUCAGCAAAUACAGUGCUGAUAGUAACAAUAGCACCUGAGCUCAAACUUUCUUACACAUGA